GCUCGCUAUUGAUCGCCGUUCCCCUGCGUGCGUGCAAAUCCAUCUGAAAGUCCCUGCCUCGCGUGUGCGUGUGCAAGGGGCCCCCGGCGGCCCUUUAUCAGGCUCUCCCCCGGCGGGCUCCAAGACGACCCCGGAUGCACAAACGCGUGCUGCUGGCCCGGGGAGAGCCGCCUGGUUCGCCUCGCACACAAAAACCCGCUGGAGAAGUAGAGAAACAGAGGGCUCCGGGGGAGCCGGGGAGAGGGAUGCGGCUCAGAGGGUGUGCGGGUGCCUAAAGACCACGGUGGUUCCUUUUUAACGGGAGCAGCUGUUUUCCCUCGCAACUUCGCUCGCAGCCCCCCGAGCACGGCUCGAUGCCUCUCUCCCGAAAGGCGCACGCUGCUCCAGCCAGCUGCAGCGCCGGCUGCCCCGGCGGCUGGCAUUAGCCUGCGACGAGGCAUUGUUCCCCGCUGCCUCUCGGGCGCGUUUCAAGGCUGAAAUAUCACGAGAUCCACCCAGUGAAGCCUUUGCUAAUUCGAGGGACGAAAUGUAAUUCGCUCUAGCUCCGGUUUCUCGGACGGGAAGGCUCUCCUUAGCUUCCCGAGGGGAGAAGUAGCCACCGCGGUUUCGCGCACACAUGGAUUAAGUUGAACAGCGGCGAUUUUUUACAUCUGCGCGGAGAGAGCAACAGUAGUCCAAGGCUGACUUUCCUAAAUCUCUGCCCUCCGAGUUAGAGGCUCCCUUCAAUAGACUUCCUCAAUUUCCGGAUGCACUCCUCGAAAUUCCCAGGUCUCUCUAGAAUUCCUGCGAAACUGGGGGCUCGCCUGCAUUUCGCCUUGGCAUGCGAGGCUGCCUCUUUGGCAGGGCGAUCUCGCUCUUUAUUUUAGCUCUACCUGACGGGGUAACGCGAACUCCCCGCACCAUGUUGCCAAUACACGGAGUGGAUAUUGACAUUUGGAAUUGAAGCCUUUUUUUUUUUUUUUUCCUCCUUCCCUCUCUCUCUCUCUCUUUUUUUUUUUUUUUUUUUUUUUUUUUUUUUUUGCCAAGUCCCAGAAAUCUGAGAUGUCUCAUUAAUCUCACGGAUAUGUCUAAUUCUGGAUGUGCAGCGAUACAUAAAAGUGCUCGUGUUUGCAGCCAGUUGAGCGCUGGAUGCACGGCAGAGCUUGGUGAUUUUUUUCUUUUUCUUUUUCUUUUGCAGCGCCCAACGUGCAAACCGCGAGCAUCAUUUUAACGUGACAAGGAAGAGGCACGCAGCUAUCGCAACAUUUUUCGAAACCGUCGUGGCUGACGCUCGAAUAAUUUCACGUUUCUCCGAAGAGGUUAAACCUGCGUGCUGCUUCUCCGAAUUGAUUUUAGGGGGCUGCUGUAAAUGGAACAUCAAAAAGCUGCGGCAGGGCUACCCCGAGCUGAAGAUGCAAACUGCAGGGCAGGAGCAUCCUAGCCCGUUGCAGAGCCGUACAUUGUGUGUGCCAGCACUUUUUUGUCAUUACGUAAAGCCUCUUGGAAGCACCUUGGAUAUUUCGCAUUCUCCUUUCUCUGCUGGAAGCAAUCAGCACGCAGGAAUCCUGACGUGGGCUCGGGGACUAUAGGGCAUUCCAGCUCGUGAUCCGGCGCGGUUAAUUGUGAAAAGUGUAUACAUUUCUGGCUUAUCUAUGCUUUGUUAUGGGUCUGACGUGAGCCCACGUCCUCCUCCUCCCCCCUCCCGCAAUACUACAGGCAGGAUUUCGGUUAAAAGUGGUACAGUGUCGCGGUGCGGGGACCCGCGAUAUCCAGGCAGCAAAAUAACCUUAGUCCCCGGCUGUAAAAAGCUAAUUAAGCAGAAGAGGAAAAUCAAGAGAAACUCGAAAAUGUAAGUAUUCCCUCUCGUUAACAGCCGAGCCUUUAACUUCGGAGCUCCAGGAAGGGAAAUACCAGGCUGUUCUGCACGUUUUCGCUAAGCUUCGCUUUCCGCACAAUGCAGAAGAAAAUACCAGCUGAAAACGGUUACGUUACCGAAGAAUUUUCCAUCGCCACGAUCAGACUUAUGUCCUUUAAAACCACGGCGUGCACAAAAGAGCACCGUUUGGCCAAAAGAGCCUGAAAAUACACGAAACGACACGGGAAAAAGCGUGCAAAUCCUUCGUCUGGAGCUAGCGAGGAGGAAGUCUGAGAGGUCUGAGCGUAUUUGAGCUCAGAUUGUUUAAUAGAAAGAUUUAUAUACUAACUGUAUUAUUUACUUUGGGAGGGGAGGUGGCAGUAUAAGGGUAUGCUAAUUAGUGGGAGAUUUUUUGGGGGAAGGGGUGGAAUAUCAAUUUUUAUUGCAUCACCUGUCAGGAGUGUCCAAUCAGCGUUGGCUUUAGGGGAAUUAAUUGAUGAAGGUGUCUCCGGACGAGCUCACUUCACUCUGUCAUUUUAUUUGUAGCUAAAGCAGCGGCGGGAAUAGCAGCUGCAUUUCUUUUCUCUUCCUCCCUUCACAUUCCAUUAUCAUAGUUUCCAAUGGAAAAGCAGGGAAUGAAAGGGAACAGGUACUGAUCUUCAGCAGCAACUUAGAGAAACACUUUGGCAAACCUGAUUUUUAAGAUUAUACACCGAUUGUAGUCUCACGGGCUUUUUUUUUUUUAAUUUAUUUUUUUUUUCUUUUUUAAUUUCGUCUAAAGUUUGGCACUUCAUUCACCAGGAAUAACAGCCUUUGUUACAUUUUAUUAGCAGGAUGCCUUGAGACAAAUACAGCAUCUGGCUGAGGAUUGUGUGUGUGUGGCUUUUUCUUUUUUUUUUUUUUCCUUUUUUUUUUUUUUUCUUCUCUCUCUCUCUCUGCAAAUGCUGGGAAUAAUUUAAUUCACGAAAUGGGAGACCUGAAGUCGGGUUUUGAAGAGGUGGAUGGCGUGAGGCUCGGCUACCUCAUCAUUAAAGGAAAGCAAAUGUUUGCACUCUCCCAGGUUUUUACAGACCUGCUCAAAAACAUCCCGAGAACUACCGUGCACAAGCGAAUGGAUCAUUUAAAAGUCAAAAAGCAUCACUGCGACCUGGAGGAGUUGAGGAAACUCAAAGCCAUCAACUCCAUCGCCUUCCACGCCGCCAAAUGCACCCUGAUCUCCAGAGAGGACGUGGAAGCCCUGUACACAUCCUGCAAAACCGAGCGCGUCCUCAAGACGAAACGGAGGAAAAUCGGCCGGGCUCUGGCCUCCAGCGACCUCCGGCCGGAGCCCGCUCCCGCCGACCCCUUCUGCGGCUUCUGGAAGGAGAACAAACUUUGGCUGGGGCUCAGCGACCCCCCCCGGCCCCUGCUGCCGCUCCGGAGGAAAGCCUUGCGGCCGGGGGCCGCCGCCUCGCUGCCGGCCUCUCACCUACCUCACAUUUUUAGUAAAUACACUGGCCACAGCCACCCAGACCUCGCCCGGGCGCCUCGCAAACCCCCCGCUCACUAUGAAACGGCGCCGGCGGCGGGCGGCUGCGCGCCCCUCCGCGCCCGCCCCCCUCCCUCCGCCGCCGCCGCCGCCUCCUCCGCGGCUCGGCCGCGGCUCCCGGCCGCCGGGCCCCCGCCCCUGCCCGCCCGCUGCCGCCGCCGCCGCCGCCGCCACCACCACCACGGGGCGGCGCCGCCCGGCUUCGGGCCCCCGCCGCCGGGGCCGCCGGGGCCGCCGGUGCCGCCGGGCGCCGCCGGCUUCGCCGAGAGCGGCAGCAGCGACUCGGAGUCCAGCUGCUGCUCCGGCCGCGCCGCCCACGACUCGGACUGCGGCUCCAGCCUGUCCAGCUCCAGCGAGGGCAGCUCGGAGGAGGAGGACGAGGAGGAGGAGGAAGAGGACGAGGAGGGCAGCGGCGGCUCGGAGUCCAGCGAGGGCAGCUCGGAGGAGGAGGAGGAGGAGGAGGAAGAGGAGGAGGAGGAGGAGGAGGAAGAGGAGGAGGAGGAGGAGGAGGAGGACAGCACCUCGGACUCCGACUCCAGCUCGGUCUCCAGCCAGGUCUCGGUGCAGAGCAUCCGCUUCAGGCGCACCAGCUUCUGCAACCCGCCCGGCGUGGUCCACGCCAACUUCUUGUACCAUCUGGCCGCCGCCGCCCCCCGGCCCCCGGCCCCGGCCACGGUCCCGGCCCCGGCCCCGGCCCCGGCCCCGGCGGAGCCCGGCGGGCCGCCCGCCCUCCGCGCCGCUCCCGGCGGAGCCGAGCCCGAGCCGCCGGAGGAGUGGGGCCGCCCCGGCUGGGCUCCCGCCGGCCCGGCGCUGCUGUGCUGCUCCGGCGGCCUGGGGAGCUGCUUCGCGGAGAUAAGAGCUGAUAGGGUAUCUGAGCUCACAUUCCCACACUCUGAAUUUUCCAAUAAUGCCAAGAGUACUGACCUAACAAUUAACUGUGUUGCAAAGGGGGCCUCUUCACCUAGCCCAAAGACAAACAAUGCAUUUCCACAACAAAGAAUACUCAGAGAGGCAAGGAAAUGCCUUCAAGCAACUACUACACACUGUGCAGAUAACAAUACAAUAGCUGCUAGGUUCUUAAAUAAUGAUUCUUCAUCAGCGGCUGCAAAUUCAGAGAAAGAUUCCAAAAUCCCUCAUUGUAUUGAAUUUGCCACGGAUUUGCCCUCUUUACAAACUGAUCCUGAGGAGGAUGCUGCUUCUCCAGGGGCAGCAGCAGCUGAGCUCCAGUGCACUGAUACAGGCAAUAAGGCAUUGCCAUUCCUGCACAGCAUUAAAAUCAAAAUAGAGGACAGCAGUGCGAACGACGAGUAUGAGCCUGACCUUACAACACAUAAGCUAAAGUGUGAGUGCAAUGAUACUAAGGAUGAGUUUUACGGUGUGACUGAGAGUAAUAACCAGGACGCUUUAUUAACAGCCAAGGAAGAUUCUGCAUGCACUGAGAAAGAAACCACUUCCUUAAACCCGCUGACUCAGAGUCAGGUCCUCUCAUGCACUUUAGGUACUCCAAAACCUGAGGAUGGGGAGUAUAAAUUUGGAGCGAGGGUGAGAAAAAAUUACAGGACACUGGUUUUGGGAAAGCGACCUGUACUGCAGACUCCUCCAGUCAAACCAAAUUUGAAAUCAGCUCGAAGCCCACGUCCUACAGGUAAAAUUGAGACACAUGAAGGAACACUGGAUGAUUUUACAGUUAACAAUAGACGCAAAAGGGUAGCCAGCAAUGUAGCAUCAGCAGUGAAAAGGCCAUUUAAUUUCAUGGCAAAUUUUCCCUGUCCACCAUCACUAAUUAUUGGCAAUGAUGGGGAUUUGUUGCCAGCUUAUUCCUUAAACACCACUAAGGAUUCCCAACCACCUCACAAGGCCCAUCCUGUAUGGAAAUGGCAGCUGGGCGGUUCUGCAAUACCUCUUCCACCUAGCCACAAAUUCAGGAAAUUUAAUUAAUAAAAUAGUUUGGAAAAUAUUUUCUUGAACCACCUUUAACUUUCUUACGUUUUUAAACUCUGCAGGAUGGUUUGUACCAGCCCAUUAAUGCUAUACACGCUUUUGGAAUCCUGUUUUAUCACAUUGUGAAGACAGAAACCGGAUUACUAUUUUCUUUACCGUUACAACCGUGGUUUUUGUUUUGUUUUGGGUCUUUUUUAUUUUUUUAUUUUUCUACUGUUUCAUUUGUUUUUGUUUUUGGUUGGUUGGUUGGUGCUUUUUUUUUUUUUUACUUUUUUUUUUUUUUUUUUUGGUUACAUUCCACAGAGUACUUCAGGCUAAAGACUCAAGUUAAACUCAGUUAUUAUGGUAGAGCUGGAACACUUUACUGUUUAAAUGCUAAUAAUGCACCAGUACCUCAAUUCAACUGCUGCAAAUAAAUGUCAAAAGGUUGAAUAAUAAAUAUUAGAAUGAGCCAUUAAAUUUAUGCACUAGAUUUCGAAAAUGGAAGUCUAACUGUUAAUUCAGUUAAAGUUUGUUAAGUUACAUGGUUGCACAGUAAGGGUUCACUAUAAUUCAAUGUGGCAGCAGCCUACUUUUCGGGAGCUUUGUUUUCGGGUGUAGGGGUGUCUCUUUCUAAGAGCAGUUGCACUUACUCGUUUUUCUCCGGUUUGCAAAGGCUGGGGUCCGCCUGCGACCCCAGGACUGGGAAAAGCUGCCUCAUCUGAAACCAGUAAAUAAAUGUGGAAUUCUAUUUUUGGUAAAGGGUGUCUUUUUACUUGUACAGCCACUCUUUGCAUUUGGAAAGCCUUUUUUGUUUCACCCAGAGGUCUUAAAUAAGGUUACUGUUACCCACUAAUGUCAUACUUAAGUUGUGGUCUGAACAUGCCCCUUACAAACUUGCAAAGCAACUAAAAUAUUUGCCCGGAUAGCAGUACAAUUUAUGGUCCAGCCCCUCACGCUGGCUGGAGGAAAUAGCAAAGCAGUAAAUACAACACAGAAAGUGAAACGAGAGGCCAUAAGUGGCGAGAAUACCCAAAAUGAGAAUACCAUGUUAUUCAGAGCUCUCUGGCACCAAAACUCAGGCAUUUCUACCGUAGCACACUGCCCGGUUUUAUCCUCAUCUCUUGCGAUUUGAUUGUUGUUGUUUUUUGUUUCCAUACCAUCCUCUCUAUGUAGCAGAAACGUUUCUACUGCACGUGACAAUCAGAGGCAAUUAUCUAUAUUUGCACUUAAUAUCGAAAUAGUCGAACAGGCAGACUUCUAGAGUCUAGCCCUCGGUGAGACAUGCUGGUAUAAUAUAUUGUGAUGAUGGAAGCAGUAAAUCAAAAUUAUGGAAAUUUGCACUGUUGAAAAGCAUGCUUUAGCUUUAUUUUCAAUUAAAAACACUGUUUAAAAA